AUGUUAAAUUGUUUGGAAUUCGCAGUGAGAGCAAACGCUCGACUUGUUUACACAAGUUCUACAGCUUCAUUGUCUACUUUAAUCGAUUCUAAAGAGAAUUCUAAUGGAUGGAUAACAUUGACACCAAAUGAUAUGAGUCUAAAAGAUGGUUAUGGACAAUCAAAAGCUGUUGUUGAACAAUUGUUAUGUACAGCUUCAAGUUUGUGUGCAGAUAUUGUCAUUAAUCGACCUUGUGCAAUAUCUGGUGAUACUCAAACAGGUUAUAGCAAUAUUUCUGAUUUUAUUAAUUCAUUAUUACGUGCCGAAAUUGAAAUGGGAGGUACGGUUGAGAAUGCUGACAUACAAUUACAUCUUGUACCAGUAGAUUACUGUUCCAAAGCUAUUGUUGCUUUAGCUAUGCAUUCUGAUAGCAGUGAACACUGUUUUAAUUUCUAUGGGAAUAGUUUAAGUAUUUCAUGUUUGCAUAAUGCAGGCGUUCAACAAUUACCAGGUGUCAUAACGAAAAAAAUCGAACAAAAUAAUUGGAAACAAUAUGUAUUGAAGAAUCUGCCUGAAAAUAGUCUAGCAUGUCGAAUAAAAGAUCAAAUCGCAUCGAUGAUAUUUACAAAUGGAAAUAUUCAACAAGUAAAAUUCGGCGUCCCAAUACAAAUGACCAAAGACUUUCUUGAGAAGAAGUGUGAUCUGAAAUGGUUCGAAGUGACCGAACAAGAUUUAAUUAAAUCAGUUGAAUAUAUGAUUAAUAUUGGAUUUCUAUCUCGUCGAUCAUCUUAA